AUGGCAGAGCCUGAGCCCAAGGCUCCGGGCCCCUCUCUACACGACCGCGACCGCGACAAGCUCCAGCCAACAGGUGAUACCGACUGGGAUUCCUAUGCUACCACGAUGAAGACUGCAUUCAUGCCUAAAACAGGAGCAGUGCCUGCUUUAAUUCGUCAGAGCGGUAUCAGAAGAUUAGGAUACACAUAUUCACUUAGUGAUCCUAUUCCCAAUCAGACAGAGUACAAUGAUGAGUAUGUUUGGAAACCACAUUCUAAAGAAGAUUUGACCAAAAUUGGGACUUCAGGAGGAGUCAGGAGCCACAAAUUUCACCCCAAUCAAGACUCUUUUCGAUGGACACUACCUCAAGGUCAAUCAAAAGCAACACAGAGCUGCCUCCCUUGGAAAAUUCCUGCCCCCAUGGAAGAAGUCAAGAAGGCAAUAUCAAAUCAGUUUAUUUCCUGUACUAAGAGAGACUUUGUGGACAUAACAAAAGCUCAGAAGAUUAAGAAAAGUUCUCAGGUGUCUCUGGAGUGGAAAAAGUUACUUCACCGGCCUUUAGACACUGAAUUUCGACAGAAUUACCAAAUUCCAGCUAAAAUUCCCGAGUGUCAGGAUUUUAGUUUCAAAUAUGGAUGCUACUCAAGCCUGCCACUUGCUGCUCAGGGUCUCGUGCCUUCUGUGCUGCACAGCUACAUGAGAAAUCAAGAACGGACGAAGAAGCAGACCACGUACCAAAGUGACUAUGGGAAAGCCUACCUGGAUUUCUUAAUGAUUUUAAACUCAUUUACUCCCACCCAAAUCAAGGAGUACCUUGAUAGUGUUUCCUACAAAGACAGACAAAUUCUUGAUCGCUUUAUUCAUUCUCACUGUGACACUGACAAGGGAAGAAAUGAAAAAGGAAAAUAGUUCAAGUGAAGAAAAUCUGAAAAUCAAUGGAAAUAGUAGGGCCUGCCUUGUCAUUUUCUCAAUAAUCAAGGAAAAGUAAGAUGCAAAUUGCUCCAAACAUGUUGUGAUAGUCAUGAAUUUGUGUAUUAUUUUUAUAUUUUUAAAACAUAAAAGUCAUUUAAGGCUAUAAAUUUUCCACUGAAUGCAGCUUUAGCUGUAUCCAAUAGAUUUUUAUAGAAUGUUCCCUCCCCCUUUCAGAUACUUAAUUUGUGGUUUCAAUUUUGAUUUUCUCUUUGAACCAGGAAUUAUGUGGAAGAGAUUUCUUAAUUUCCCAAUAAUUAGAAGAUUUUAAAAUCUUUUCACUGUUGAUUUCUUUUUUGCAGGAAUUAAAGCAAAAAAAUCUGUGCUUUGGGAAACUUAUCAGUUUUCUUUUAUACCAUUAAUUAAGUAUAUGAUUAAUUUGUGUGUUUGGAUGAAUAUAAGAGAAAAAGAUUUAUAGUUUAUUAUAUGUUUUAAAUCUCUUUUAUGUUUGCCUGAUUGUUUACUUGAACUGUCAAAUUCUGAAAAAGGAAUAUUAAAAACAUCUCAUAAUAAAUGUUUUUGUCAAUUU